CUGCUGAACUGCAUCAUGGACAUGGUGGGAGAGACGAGGCGUUCUCCCGUGUUGCGGCGCUGCCAGGAGGCCCGGGAGGAGCUUAACUACUGGAUCAGACGAUACAGCGACGCGGAGGACCUGAAGAAAGGACCAAGAUUCACCGGGAUCUUCUCCACAGCCGCGACGACCGGAUACGUACCUGAAGAGAUCUGGAAGAUAAGCUAAGAGGCUGUGAACGAGGUGAAGCGCCAGGCCAUGUCAGAGCUCCAGAAGGCGGUGUCAGAGGCAGAGAAGAAGGCCCACGAGAUGAUCAGCACGGAGCGGUCCAAGAUGGAGCGUACGGUGGCAGAGGCCAAGAGACAAGCAGCGGAGGACGCACUGACUGUCAUCAACCAGCAGGAGGACUCCAGCGAGAGUUGUUGGAACUGCGGGCGGAAGGCGAGCGAGACCUGCAGCGGCUGCAACACGGCGCGCUACUGCGGCUCCUUCUGCCAGCACAAGGACUGGGAGAAACACCACCACGUGUGUGGCCAGACCCUCCAGGCCCUGCAGGCCUCCCAGGCAGCUCAGCAGCAGGCUACAGAGACCUCCACUACACCCUCUAGUGGAGGAGGCAGCCCAGCCGGAACCCCGCCUGCCACCACACCCCGCUCCGCCACGCCAGGAACCCCCUCUACGCUGGAGACCACGCCGCACUAAACUGGGGAGCCACCCGGGGAGCCGUGGGAAACUCCCAGUAGCACAACAUGACUGGCUCACUUGAUGCUAAACGCUAAGGCGCUAACGCUACAACGAGAGAUGUAGAUUUAUCUUGGAUUAGUGGAGGUUCCACACAACACAGGAGGUUUAUACAUGUAGAUCAGUCACAUUGACUUGUCAUGAUUAACUAAGAUAUUAUUUGUCACAUUGACUUGGCACGAUUACACAAAGAUAUUAUUAUUUUGAAUUAUUAUUAUU